AUUUGCUGUGUUAAUUAUUAAAUUAACCAGCAGGCAUUUAAUCCUUUAUUGAAAACCUGAUAGGAGUGUUUUGUAUCGUACUGUUUUGUUUUGUUUUUUGUACUAUAGCACCUAUAUUAAAAGAUUCUUCUUAGCAGAGUGGUCAUAUUUAAACAUUUUGGGUCUCUUUCUGGCUCAUGAUGAACUUCACUUAUACAUUAUAAAUAGUCAUGGAUUUCCUUUAGACUGCAUGCUGUCUAGUGUACGGCAGCACUGGGUCAGGCUGGAGGUCGUGUGUACGGGCGUGGCUGGAUUUGACCUAUUGUCUAACUUAUUGACAUUUCAAGGGGAGCCGAGUUAAGACAGGGAAUGUUUCUGCGGGGGUUUGCGUAGAUAUUUACGCAAAAGCCGACUGGGUGCGGAAUUAAUAGCUACUAUUAUUUUCACAUCGACCCAUGGACGACCAAGCCGAAGACCUCGGUGAGUUUGAUCCAGACAUGCCGGAGGAGGGGCCGACUGAACCCCCGCCUGGCUGGUUAGAUAAUGUCAGUGGGUAUGAGGAGGUCCCAAGUGACGGAGGGUGCACCGACAAGGUGUGUCCUCCUCCUCCGGAACGUGUCCCUAAACCGGAGAACGACCGGAGCGUCGUGGUCCCUGAAGUCAGGGUGCCGACAGUGUCAGAGGACAUGGCAAGAGAAGCACUGUUACAGUUUGUGGGGAAAAAGUGGACAUACAGCAGGAAGCCAGCCAGGGACCUGAUCUUCAAGGACUUGAAGCCUCUCACAGUGUACCGUUACCGCUUGGAAACUUUUACAGAAUCCAGAUCUGGUUCCUGGGAGUUCGAACCUUACACUGGCCAGUCUGUAGACGGCCCUCAGUACGGCUCCUGCCCCCCACCCUGGGAUGUGAUGGCGGAGAUCCCGCCCCGCUUCACUGACCACACCCAGAAAGUGAGGGUGCCGCAUUCGUCUUUUGUUAAGGUGUGUCACCGGUGUCAUGGGCGCGGUAAGGUGCGGUGCAGUCACUGUCAUGGCAGAAGAAGUACACGGUGUGGAUUUUGUUAUGGUAGCGGACGAUCCCGGAACAAGCCGUGCUCUUCCUGUCACGGGUCGGGAAGGAAAAGAUGCAGCAUAUGUCAUGCGAAAGGUCAUCGAGAAUGUCCCUCAUGUCAUGGACUGAAAUACCUAAUGCACUACAUUCUUCUGACCAUCACAUGGAAGAACCAUGUGUCAGAGUUCAUCCCAGAUCGCAUCCCAGAAUUCCCGGUGAAGAAAUUCGGGAAGGUGUCAGGCGACCCAUUCUUUGUGGACGAAAGCGUUUUGGUCUACCCCAUCGUGGGCUUCCCUGACCAGGACAUCUGCCGUGAAUCCAGGAGGGUAACUGAAGAACACCUCAAUAAAUUCACUUCUGUCAGCCGCAUACUCCAGCAGCGUCAAAGCCUUGAACUGGUCCCCCUUACUCACGCUUUCUAUGCUUACAAUGGAAAGGAUUACAACUACUAUGUUUUCGGCAUUGAAAAUAAGGUUUAUACCUCCAAGUAUCCAACCAGCUGUUGUAUUUUGUAAUAAUUUCACUAAAUUUGUAUCUGCAUGCUAUGACUAUACUACUGUGUUUCUGAUUUUUAAUAAAUGAACAUUUAUAUAAUGAUGUAUAAUUUAUAUAAUAUUUUCAUUUGCAAAAUUAAUGU